AUGAGUUGUCUCUUCCCUUGCUUCCGUCCCAGAGCCACGCAUUCUCCCAGCGGCGCCGAUUCCGUCUCUCAACCUAAUUCCAAAAGAGGUCAUGACUCGAAGAAUCGUUUAUCAGAUUUGUUUCUCUCUGAAGAGAAAGCACCUUGUAUUCAUAUCAACAAAGGUCUCAAGGAUGAGGCUCAGCUUCUUAAAGCGUGCGGCACAACACCACUGAAACCGACUGAAAUUAGAGAAGCAUCUGAAAACCUGGAAACUCCUCAACGUGGAAAACAUUUUACAUCUUCCCAGUUUGAUUCUUGGAUCUCUAAGAACUCUGAUGCAGUGUUUCACUUGGAUGAGAAAACAGAUGAACCAUGUGAAGAGGUCUCAGAGCAAACUCCUAGCAGUUGCAUAACUGAUUCUCAAAACAGUGCAAAGAUCUCUAGCGGAUAUUGUGAUGCUGGUGAAGAAAGCAAAGGAAGCAUUGGUACUGCUUUCAGGGAUGGAGUGGAUAUAACCAGCAACGUGCCACUCACAGCUGGAAAGAGAAAUUCAGUGCGGUUUGAAUGUGAUUUGGAUCAAUCUUCCUCUUCCAGUUCUUCCAAGAACAACACUUCAAAGAUACCUGAGAAGCCUGGAGAAAGUUAUCUCUCAGAAACCUCGCAUAAUCUAACCUCAUUGAAGCUAGCUGAUGAGAUUCAAACUCAUGGAACCAUCUCUCCUGCAAAUAUGGAAUCAGAAACAAAGGGGAGACCUAGAGUUCAGGCUUGCAAAGUGAAGACAGACACUGAAUCUCCCUUGUCAGCAACUACUUGUGAGGGAAAGUUGGAAGACAGCUCAGCCAUCAUUUCUCCUGGGGUGAAUCAGAGUGAAGUGAAGAGUAACAAUGACAUGGCGGCUUUAUCUACCAUAACUUCUAGGGACAGGCCUAUUAUCGGAAUGGUUGCAGCUCACUGGAAUGAGAAAGAGAAAUCUCAAAUCUCACCCAAAUGGUGGGAUGGUAAUGGGAUACCAAACUCUACAAACAAGUACAAAGAGGACCAAAAAGUGAGCUGGCACGCAACACCUUUCGAGGAAAGAUUGGAGAAAGCGCUUUCAGAAGAAGGUGGCCAAGGUUUCAUCCCUUCAAGAAAAUUUGAAGUAAUGGAAGAGGCUGAGAGGGACACAGCUAUAUCACAGCUGCAUCAUUCAUCUCAUUCAGCGUCAAUCGUAUCAUUUUGAACGUCGUGUAGUGUACUAGUGUCUUUUGGUUUUCGUACAGAAAUGGCUAUCAUAGUAUCAUGACUCAUGAGCUAUUUGAUACGUAGAAGAAUCUAUAUAGCAAACUAUACACGGUGGUUCAUGAUUUCGUAUUGGCUUUCUAUUAUCUCACGUGAUAAUAGAUGCAGUGUCGUUUUUUUCUGCAAGUCUUGAAUGAUGUGGUUGUCAAGUGUUUGGUAUUUUAGAUUCUUAUACUGUAUAUUGUCACUAUCUUACAAAUUCCGUCUACCACUUUUUAGGCUGA